GUCUGAUAAUUAUAGUCUAGUUUUGUUUAAUAAAUGAAGGUGUUAAUAUAUAGCUAAUAAUAAAUGAAGGUGAAGAGAAGUUGAUUUUUGUGUUAGAAUUAGUAAAAGGCAAGGUUGAGUGUUGAGAAUGAGAAUGAGAAGAUUAUGAUGCAUUGGGUUAAAUUAAUGUUAAUUACAUUACAUUUGCAUGCAUUGCAGAUUGUCCCAUCCACUUUGAGCUCCUGAACUAUACAAUCAUCACAAGCAAAUGCAAAGGACCUACUUACCCAGCUAGUAGCUGUUGUGCAGCAUUGAAGGAAUUUGCUUGUCCUUAUACAGAUCAGAUUAAUGACCUCUCAAAUAAUUGUGCUACAAACAUGUUCAGCUACAUUACUCAGAACGGGCCUUACCCUCCGGGUCUUUUCUCUAGUGUAUGCAAAGAAGGAAAGUUAGGGCUUGCCUGCCCAGCUGAUUCACCUUCUGCAAAAUCAGCAACAGCUAAUCAUGCUGGUGGGAUAUGCAGUCCAUCGAUAUCGCGUCUGCUGCUAAUUAUUGUGGGCUUGUUAUUCAAGUUAUUGGCAUGAGGAAUGGGGGGUGUUGUCAAAUUUAUUUUACAACAACAUAUGUAAAUUAAAUUUCACAAUGUCAUGGAAUGUAAUGUAGUUUGUUUCAUUCAUCUUUUUUGUUUCUUGAUUUGAUUAGAGUUAAAAGAGAAAAAAAGGUGGUUGUACAUGGUAAUUAGUAACUCCUAUAUAUGGUGGAUUGAAUAUGUAUCUAUGACAUAGAGUUUAUUACUUUAUGAUUUAAAUUGUAUUAAAUUGUAAAAUAAAUA